UGACCUAGAUCGAAAACUCCCGUCGUCGCCCGCCUCCUCCUCAGCCUCCGACGCCGACCACCGCCGUGCCAUCCUCGACGAAAGGGUGACGGUCUCCCUCGUGCCCUCCUCAGCACCGGCGAUGGCGUCCCACCCACCACCUUCACCCCAUGAGCUCGAUCUGGGGUCCUUCCUCGCGCUGCCUCCAGACUCCUCCUUUGCCAGCGAGGCCGACGCGGAUUACCACCGUGCCGUCGACGAUCUUCUGCUCCUCAUCUCCUCGUACGAACAUGUAGACAACGACGAGACAAUCCAUACACCCAGCACCAACCAUAAAGCCCUGACCCGUACCAAAGCCCCACCGCUGCCCUGUGAGCUCGAUCGGGAGGCCUUCCUCCCGCCGUCUCCCGUCUCUUCCUCAGCCUCCGACGCCAACGCUGAUCACCGCCGGGCCGUUGAAGACCAUCUCCACCACCUCUCCUCGUCCCACUCCGACGAGGACGACAACGACGAGCUGCAGGAUCCCUUGUUGAACAUGGAUGAUGCGUGCACCAUCCUCACCAGCACCGUGCGCUCUGUGCAGCUGUUCAGGGUUGAUGGUUUGACAGCGUUGUGCUCGCAGCCCGGUCUGGCUAAGCAGUGCAUCAAAUCAAAGUGUGAGAUCGGUGGGUAUGAGUGGGAAAUCAUUUGCAAUGUACCUACUUAUUCCACCAGUUGGCUAGACUUCGGCCUUAUGUUAUUGAGUGAAGUCCCCCCAAAUGGCUCUGUGACAGCGAGCAUAAGCUGUCUCCUGGUACAUCCGAGGGUGCCGGGCAAUCCAUCACACCCUUUACUGCGCAGAGCACCACACUCUGAGGUGACAGCGUCACAUGUGUUCAAGCGCCACAAAGAUUGCUCACAUCAGGUUAUGAUCGUGCAAAAAAAAUCUCUACCUGCGCCGGCAUGUCCUAAUGAUGAUUACUUGUGUGUGGAGUGCACCAUUACUGUUCUGAAGGAAGGUCCUGAUGCCUCUGUGGCAACUGCACUUCCGGUGCCGGCUUCCAACUUGCAGCAGCACCUUGGUGAGCUCCUGCAGAGCAAGACCGGAUCUGAUAUUACGUUCGUCGUCUCUGGUGAAUCCUUCAUAGCUCACAAGAGUAUCCUUGCUGCGAGGUCGCCUGUCCUCAUGGCUGAGUUCUUCGGGAGCAUGAGGGAGAGGAGCGCUCAGCAAGUCGUGAUCGAGGACGUGGAGGCGGAAGCAUUCAAGGCCAUGCUGCACUUCAUCUACACCGACAAAGUUCCUGAAUUUGAUUCGGAGCCGGAGGCUGCAGUGACCAUAGCUCAGCAUCUGCUUGCGGCGGCUGACAGGUAUGGGCUGGACAAGCUCAAGGUUAUGUGCGAGGACAAGCUUUCAGGUGGCGUUACUGUCGAGACAGCAGCUACUACUUUGGCUUUAGCUGAGCAGCACAACUGCUCUGACCUCAAGGCUAGGUGCAUCGAAUUCAUCCUCAGCAGUCCUACGAUCCUUGAAGCGGUGAUGGCGACUGAGGGGUAUAAGAAUCUGGAGGCAAUCUGUCCUGCUAUUACUAGCAUGGCAUUGUGCGUGGGAGAAGCAACUGAAUCAUAGAUAAGAAGUUGGAGCUGAGCCUUUUAGUUUCCGUAUCUUCACCUUAAAUGUUUUGUUUAGUAGUAGAACUUAAAUUAUGCAUGUCUUCCGCCAAAUGAUGGCAUUUGUUAAUUCUAUCUAUGUUUUGACAUUUGAGCAACCAGUGUGUGCUUGCGUUUUCCCCUAAG